GGAGAUGAGAAGUGAGGGUGGUGGAACAUGAAUUUGGGGGAGGAAGCGGAGGAAGUGUUGUGGAGGAACUGGUGGAGGAAAGACGAGAUUUCCUCUGUCUCGGUGGGCGGAGGCGGGGCGGCGGAAGGAGGGGAUGGAGCUGCACCGUACAGAUCCGCCAUGGGAUUAGGGAGAAUUCCGAUGGCGAAAAAUCUGUUUGAGAGAAGAAGAACCGUCGCUGCCAGAUAGAUACUCUGAGGAAGAAGAGGGAGGAAAGAAGGAACUAGAGAGAGUGUUGGGUAGCGCGGAAUGGCGCUUUGGUCUCCCCUCCUCUUUUUCUGUGCAGACGGAGUUUUUUUUUUUUUUUU